AAACAACCUGGGUCCUGAGAAACAGAAUGCGUAGUUUGCUGGAUAAUGUAGUUUUUAUUAAUUCACCUCCACUGUCAUGGGACAGUUCUUGGACUACUGCUCCCACAAUGCAUUGCAUUCCGUGUUUGUUCUUGCGUUAGCAGUAUGGCGUCUUCUUAAAGCGUAUAAAAUUCGCUAGUAUUUUGUUGACAAGUGGAUACGAUGGCAGCAGAGUCCGCAGACAGGAAGGAUGCAGAAUCCUCAGGAACCAAAGACAGAGAGAGGAAACGCAGUCGUUCACGAGAUCGAGACCGUAAAGGGUCACCUUUAUGCAAACGUCAUCGUUCUCGUGAACGAAACCGCUCCAAGUCUCCAGACAGAGACCGCCGCCUGAAAGACAGAGACAAGGAUCGUGACAGAGACAAAGACAGGGAGAGGAGCCGUAAGGACAGAGACAGCCAUCGACGGGAUAAAGAUCACAAGAGAUCCAGAAGCCCUUCACCAAGGUCUAAGGAUGGCAAGAUGAAGAAAGAGAAGGAUAUAAAAGCAGAGGAAGAAGAAGAUGAAAAAAAGAAAGAAAAGGUCCAGCCACUGUCUCUGGAGGAGCUUCUAGCCAAGAAAAAAGCAGAGGAGGAAGCUGAAGCAAAGCCCAAAUUCUUGUCCAGAGCAGAGCGAGAAGCUGAGGCGUUGAAACGCAGAGAGCAGCAGGUGGAGGAGAGGAAGAAGAUGCUGGAAGAUGAGAGAAAGAAAAGGAGGGUGUUUCAGGAUAUUGGGAGAAAAAUGCUGGAGGACCCUCAAGAAAGGGAGAGACGAGAGCGAAGAGAACGAAUGGAGCGCGAGAACAAUGGGAAUGAAGAGGAUGAUGGGCGGCAGAAGCUCAGAGAGGAGAAAGAUAAAAGCAAGGAGCUCGUAGCCAUCAAGGAGCGUUAUUUGGGUGGCAUCAAAAAACGUCGGAGAACUCGUCACUUGAACGACAGGAAGUUUGUGUUUGAAUGGGAUGCCUCCGAGGACACUUCGGUUGACUACAACCCCAUCUAUAAAGAGAAACACCAGGUGCAGCUGUACGGACGUGGCUUCAUCGCUGGUAUCGACCUAAAGCAGCAGAAAAGAGAGCAGUCCCGUUUCUAUGGUGAUCUGAUGGAGAAGAGACGCACACUCGAGGAGAAGGAGCAGGAGGAGACGAGACUGAAGAAGGUGCGUAAGAAGGAAGCCAAGCAGCGCUGGGACGACAGACACUGGUCUCAGAAGAAGAUGGACGAGAUGACGGACAGAGACUGGCGUAUCUUCAGAGAGGAUUAUAGCAUCACCACCAAAGGAGGAAAGAUCCCGAACCCCAUCAGGAACUGGAAGGAGUACGCGCUGCCCGCCCACAUCCUGGAGGUCAUCGACAAAUGUGGCUAUAAGGAUCCAACUCCAAUUCAGAGGCAAGCCAUUCCUAUUGGCUUGCAGAACCGGGACAUUAUUGGUGUGGCAGAGACGGGUAGUGGGAAAACGGCAGCCUUCCUGAUUCCUCUGCUGGUCUGGAUUACCACUCUCCCCAAGAUUGACAGGAUCGAAGACUCGGAUCAGGGUCCUUAUGCUGUGAUUUUGGCUCCAACUCGUGAGCUGGCUCAGCAGAUCGAAGAGGAAACCAUAAAGUUUGGCAAACCCCUUGGUAUCCGAACAGUAGCCGUGAUCGGAGGAAUCUCCAGGGAGGACCAAGGCUUCCGCCUCAGGAUGGGCUGUGAGAUUGUAAUCGCCACUCCCGGUCGUCUGAUCGAUGUGCUGGAGAACCGGUACUUGGUUCUGGGCCGCUGCACCUACGUAGUCCUGGAUGAGGCCGACCGUAUGAUCGACAUGGGCUUCGAGCCUGACGUCCAGAAGAUCCUGGAGUACAUCCCGGUGACCAAUCAAAAACCAGACACAGAUGAAGCAGAGGACCCUGAGAAGAUGAUGAUGAACUUUGAGUCUGGGAAACACAAAUACAGACAGACGGUCAUGUUCACCGCUACGAUGCCUCCAGCUGUGGAGCGACUGGCCCGGAGCUACCUGAGACGUCCUGCUGUGGUGUACAUCGGAUCAGCUGGAAAACCUCACGAGCGGGUCGAACAGAAGGUGCUGCUGAUGUCAGAAGGAGAGAAGAGGAAGAAGUUGCUGGAAGUUUUGUCGCGCGGCUUCGAGCCUCCCAUCAUCAUCUUCGUCAACCAGAAGAAGGGCUGCGAUGUGCUGGCUAAAUCUCUGGAGAAGAUGGGGUACAAUGCGUGCACGCUGCAUGGUGGCAAAGGCCAGGAGCAGAGAGAGUUUGCCCUCUCCAAUCUCAAGGCAGGAGCCAAAGAUAUCCUGGUGGCCACAGAUGUUGCUGGUCGAGGUAUCGACAUCCAGGACGUCUCCAUGGUCAUCAACUAUGACAUGGCAAAGAACAUUGAAGAUUACAUCCAUCGUAUUGGUCGUACUGGUCGUGCUGGCAAGAGCGGUGUGGCCAUGACUUUCCUCACCAAGGAGGACUCUGCCGUCUUUUAUGACUUGAAGCAGGCAAUCCUGGAGAGCCCGGUGUCCACCUGUCCUCCGGAGCUGACCAACCACCCCGAUGCGCAGCACAAACCUGGAACCAUCCUUACCAAGAAGAGACGCGAGGAGACCAUAUUUGCUUGAUUUCAGUUAUUUUUUUACUUCGUUCAUUGACCACAAGACAAAAAUGUUCCUGUUUAUUUUCCCGUCGCACAAUGUGCUCUUUGGUACUUUUUCACCUGGUUUUGUGUUAUUUAUGUCCCAUUUGUGGUCAGAAAAACACAUUUGCAGAGGGUGAAGUUGGACCAGUGAGCAAAACUGUGUAUAAACGUGAAAUAAGUAGCUGCAGAGUUUUGUGUUGUGAUGUGAGACCAAAACCUGAUGGGAAGUCAGGUUUUCCUCUUGGUUAAAUGCUGUAACCGUUUUUAAAUAUAAACAUCCGUACAACACA